AUGGCAGAAUAAUAAUAAUAAUAAAACCUACGGCCUCUUCGCUUCGGCCUCGAACCCUAACAAUAAUGAAGAGUAAACAGAAAGCCUUUGAGAAAAUAAAAAUGGUCAAAAGGGCUACAUUGCUUGAUUGGGCUUUUAUUUUGACAACGGAAGUCUAAGGUUAUCAGUGGUCAACAUGUGUUUACAUCAUACGAAGAAGACAGCUGUAUUCUGUUUACAGUCUUGUUUUGCACCUACUUCAUUUGAAGCAAGCGCGUCCAAACCACAGCCUGUCUGUUUUACAUACAACAGAGAUGUUCAGUGCAACAGUUUUGUAAAAAAAUAGAAUGUCAAAAAGGAGGAGUGAUCCAGACCCAUGCAGAAUGAAACAUGAAGAUAUUGAGGAACAAAGAGGUUGGUGUCCAUUCUUGCAUCUUCAGUAAUGAUUGAUUUGUUGAAGGAUGAAAGUGAUGAACUGAAUGAAGUGAAGAAGAAACAUCAGUGUCAGAAACCUCUGAAUCCUGAAACGCUAGAAAUUGCCUCUAGUAGUGUCGAAGAACAGAAGAUUUUCUUUCCGAAAAGAAAGCAAAAAACACAAGAAGGCACGUCUUUCAACUGUUCUCAGUGUGGAAAGAGUUUUAAACAUAAACAUCAUCUUGAGGGGCACAUGAGAAUUCACACUGGAGAGCGCCCAUACACAUGUCCUCAGUGUGGAAAGAGUUUCACACACAAACAUCAUCUCGUCGUGCACAUAAAAAUUCACACUGGAGUGCAGCCCUACUCAUGUCCUCACUGUGGAAAGAGUUUUAUACGAAAAUCAAGUCUUCAUGGGCACAUGAGAAUUCACACUGGAGAGCGCCCAUUCACAUGUCCCCAGUGUGGGAAGAGUGUCAAACACAAAUCAACACUUGACAGUCACAUGAAAAUUCACACUGGAGAGCGUCCAUAUACAUGUUUUCAAUGUGGAAAGAGUUUUAGACUGAAAAGUUGUCUUGAAGUUCACAUGAGAAUUCACACAGAAGAGCGUCCGUACCCAUGUCCUCAGUGUGGAAAGAGUUUCAAACACAAACAGAAUCUUGUGGUGCACAUGAGAAUUCACAGUGGCGAGUGCCCGUAUGCAUGUCUUCAGUGUGGAAAGAGUUUUAAACACAAAGCAACUCUCGAAGUACACAAGAGAAUUCACACUGAAGAGUGCCCAUACGCAUGUCUUCAGUGUGAAAAGAAUUUUGAACGGAAAUCAAGUCUUGAGGCGCACAUGAGAAUUCACACUGAAGAGCGCCCAUACACAUGUCCUCAGUGUGAAAAGAGCUUCACACACAAACAGAAUCUUGUGGUGCACAUAAAAAUUCACACAGGAGAGCAUCCAUACUCAUGUCCUCACUGUGGAAAGAGUUUUAUACGGAAAUCAAGUCUUCAUGGGCAUAUGAGAAUUCACACUGGAGAACAUCCAUAUUCAUGUCUUCAGUGUGGAAAGGGAUUUGUACAGAAAUCAAAUCUUGAGGCACACAAGAAAAUUCACACUGGAGAGCGCCCAUACACAUGUCCUCAGUGUGAAAAGAGUUUCACACAAAAAUCUAAUCUUAAAAUUCAUAUGAAAAUUCACACUGGAGAGCAUCCGUAUUCAUGUCUUCAGUGUGGAAAGGGAUUUGUACAGAAAUCAAGUCUUGAGACGCAUAAGAAAAUUCACACUGGAGAUCGCCCAUACACAUGUCCUCAGUGUGGAAAGAGUUUCAAACAUAAACAUCAUCUUGAGGGGCACACGAAAAUUCACACUGGGGAGCGCCCAUACACAUGUCCUCAGUGUGGAAAGAGUUUCAUACAAAAAUCAAGUCUUGACUGGCAUACAAGAAAUCACAAUGGAGAACGCCUAUAAGCAUGUUGGAAUGGGAUUCCAACAGCCACUGUCUAAGAGACCUUGUGACUAGAGACUUUUAUUAUGCCAUAUGAACUGAAACCUGCACUACAUCACAUUUACACUUAUUAAGUCAAUUUCUGUUUAUGCACAAAAAUACAUAAAUUAACGUAGAACUGUUGAUUAUUCCAUGUGUGUAUGCCUAAUGUAUGCCUUUGAUGAUGUGUUGUUCUAUUAAUACAAGUGUACAAAUCAAUAUUGACAAAAUAGUUUAGUUUUAUGCGACAUUCAGCGAAUGAGACAAAGACACACUGAACACAGGUUGAUAUAUUUAUUUGUUUUGAGGUUUACAUAUAUCGAAUACACAAGCAAACAGUUUGUACUGUUUCCAUGGUAAACUGUCAUGUGACUAUGCAAAUGUCGCCAUUUAACUCCCCCAUUCCAUUAAAAGGCGUAGUUCAACAGUUUAGUUCAACGAGAGAAUGUGUUUGGUGUAAUGUUACUUCUUGUAUUGAAAAAGUUUAAUUUUGCAUCAUCUAUAAUACCUAUAAAAAAAAUGUAGUUUCAAAUGUUUAUGCAAUGCUAAAACAACUUUUUUUGGCUUCUAUUCCUGGAACUUUCAUGCAUUCAAAUGACCGCUUUUCAGGAUUUGUUGAAAAAUGAAAAUUCUGACUUCAUUUACUCACCCUAAGGUUGUUCAACACCUGUAUAAAUUUCUUUGUUCUACUGAACACAGAGGAAGAUAUUUGGAAGAAUGUCAGUUACCAAAAAGAACUCAUCCCUCAUUUACGGCCAUGGCAGAAAAAACAACUAUUGUACAAUAAUACUAUUGGAGUCAAUAGAGGAUGAGAUCUGUUUGGUUACUAGCUAGUCCUAUACCUGUGAAGUUUAAAGACAGCGCCACCUAGCAUUAAAACUUUUUUUAAAAUAAAAUUGAUCAUAACUCUU